AUCCGUGGCUCAAUUCAAACUGAAUCAAAAAAUUAUUAUUCUCUCUCCAUUGACGCUCGUUCAUAUUCUUUCGAAAGAUAAGGUCCCAUGACCCGGAAGUAGAAGGGCGUGACUUCGGCUCUCUAUAGAAGUUCACGGUCUGAAGUUUAGUAAACUUACUGCACCGUGCGUCGGAGAGAAUGAUCGAUCCCCCUCUAGUUUUAAAAGUGCGGGGAACCACCACCAGCCUCUGACCCAGUGACCUCAGACUACAGGUGGGAGUACGAAGCUGUACCAAGUCAGAGAUGUAGGGGGGGGGGGGAACUUGAGCGUGCAGGUGCGUGAGUGUUUGAAUGUCUCCUCCAGGUGUUCUACCAGCCCAAGACUCCCGACUGCAGCCUGGCGUCGGUGCUGGCGUCCUGCAGCGUGUUUCAGAAGGAGAUGGCUCUGGCCGCCUGCAGCGCGCUGACUCCUCACCUCGCCGUCCUAGCAUCCAGUGGCAUCAACUCGCUCUCGCUUCGCAUCUCCACACAGGCUGAUAUGGUGGAGUACCAGGCCGGCUCGGGAGGCCGCCUCCUCCCUCAGCGCUACAUGAACGAGCUGGACAGCGCUCUGAUCCCCGUCAUCCACGGAGGUAGCGCAAGCGUACCGCAGACUGCCAUGGACAUGGAGUUCAUCUUCUACAUCACACACACCAUCUGACGCACAUGCAGACACCCUUCAAACAGUGUGUGUGUGGGGGGAGGAGGGGGGGAGAAGGUGGUUGAGCACAUUUGAGAGAGAAGCUGUCGAUCGUGGCAGGAAAUGCUGAUGCAACGGCUCGUUUCUUUUUCUUUUUUUUGGUUGCGCAUUAGGACAUGCAGCCCGUCACAGAGGACAGCCGGCACUACAUUCCCACUCUGAGGUUGGACAUGUGUUACUCUGGAGGGAUUGUUGUGCGUUUUGUGUGUUUUUUUUUUCGUGCUCACCAAAGCUGCUUUAAUACAAGAAGCCAAACACUAAACCAAGGAUUACGACGACGACGACAUGACCAAAUACAACCAAACUAUUCAAACCAUUUUAUUUUCUUCUUCUGCUCUGCCUUCCAAAGCUCCCCGCUGGCCCCCCCCCCCUGUCAGCUCGGAGCACCUCAGUGAAUGUUUCCCCACAGACGCUCUUAACGAAAUGUCUCUUCAUUUGGAUGUAUUUAUUAUAUUUUAAUACGGGCUUAUUGAAUGAAAUGAUCAUAUUAAAGCAAAAGGGGACGAUA